GCUAUAAGCGUGCAAUAAUUUCAAAAAACGUUCUCAAAAUAUUGAAGAACAAGCAAUGGCUAGAUCAAAAUCGAGGGGAAGGGCAAGAAAACAAAAGAAACGAGAUGCUGGCCUGAUGGCUGCUGAUGGUGGCACUGCAUCUGGUAGUGGUGAAACUGGAAGUGGAGCUGCGGAGAAUAGAGGUGGAUGGGAUAAGGAUUCAAGGCGAAGUUAUGCUCAAAUUGUGAUGGAAAAUAAAAAUUUUGAAAAAUUUUACAAGGCUCAAAAUAUGGUUCCAGCAGACGAAUGGGGUGCGUUCAUGGAGGCUUUACGAACACCACUACCAGUCACAUUCAGGGUGACGGGCUUUAGAAGUCAAGCAGAAAGCCUGUUGGAUCUCAUCAAGAGCAAAUUUUUCUCCGAGUUGGCCGAUGUUGAGCUGGAUGGAGUGAGACAGGAGCCACCAGAGUGUCUAAACUGGUAUCCUGGAGGUCUUGCGUGGCAGAUCAACUCCCCUCGUACAGCGAUCAGAAAGUUUCCAGCGCUGAAGAAAUUACACGAAUUCCUCAUAUCAGAAACAGAAUGUGGCAACAUCAGCCGACAAGAAGCUGUCAGUAUGAUCCCGCCUCUAUUCAUGGACAUCAAGCCGCAUCACAAGAUUUUGGACAUGUGUGCUGCCCCUGGGUCAAAGACAGCUCAGCUUAUUGAGUAUCUCCAUCAAGAUGAAAAUAUCAACAUUCCUGAAGGCUAUGUUGUCGCCAAUGAUGUGGAUAACAAAAGAUGUUACCUGAUGGUCCAUCAGGUGAAAAGACUGCAGAGCCCGUGUUUCAUGAUAGUCAACCAUGAUGUACAACAGUUGCCCAAUUUCAGAUGUGGACCGGACCCGAAGGAUUUUGUCCGAUUUGACAGAAUUCUUGCAGAUGUGCCAUGCAGCGGGGAUGGUACGUUGAGGAAGAAUAAAGACGUGUGGAUCAAGUGGAGGCCAUGUAAUGGUGCACAGUUGCAUAAACUUCAGAAAAACAUCCUCAGGCGAGGUCUUGAGUUACUGAAGGAAGGAGGUCGUCUGGUCUACUCGACGUGUUCAUUUAGUCCGAUUGAAAACGAGGCUGUGAUAGCAUCUAUGUUGGCGACUUGUGGAGAUUCGGUGGAGCUGGUGGAGUCCUCAUUGACCGUACCUGGCCUGAAGACGAUGCCUGGACUUUGGACAUGGACAAUAACAGAUAACGAGGGCCAAGUCUUGGAGGAUUACAAGUCUGUUCCAAAGAUCAUGAAAAAGUGUUAUCUUCCUUCUGUGUUUCCUCCAGACAAUGCGGCCGAUUUGCAUCUCGAGAGAUGUAUGCGUGUGCUCCCUCACCAUCAAAACACUGGCGGAUUCUUCAUCGCUGUUCUCACAAAGAAAAAGCACCUUCCCUGGCAGAAACCAACGGACGUCGUGAAACUCAUCGUCACUCCUGAAGACAUUGAAAACCCACCGGUUGAUGAAGAGGAGGGGAAAUCCAAUAUGGAGGGAGGCGAUGGGGAUGUGGAUACUGCCAAUGUUGAUACUGCCAAUUCGGAUACUGCCAAUUCAAAAACGGCCAAUGUGGAUACUGCCAAUGCUGAUACUGCCAAUUUGGAUACUGCCAAUUCAAAAACAGUCAAUAUGGAUACUGCAAAUGCGGAUGCUGCAAAUGUGGAAUGUGGGGGUGAUGCCAACGGGAAGGACAAGCCAGGAGAGAAAAGAAAAAGGGAAAGAGAGGAGAAGAAAACCUCCAAGAAGAAGCGAAAUUUUGGUCACAAAGAGGAUCCAUUCUUAUGGUUCAAGGAGGAUGAGCCACUCUGGCCGCCAAUCAAACAGUACUAUGGUGUGUCUGACGACUUUCCAAUGGGCCAGUGUCUGGUUCGCUGCGACUCUGGCAAAAAGAGACAGAUCUACUUUGCAUCCGAAGCAAUCAAGACGUUACAGUCCUAUAACCAUGAGAAAGUAAAGGUGGUUAACCUAGGUAUUGUUGUCCUUGUAAGAAGUGAUAAUCCAGCCGUGCAGUGUGAUUACAGACUCACACAGGAUGCCAUUCACACGUUUUCGCCAUUCCUUUCAAGACGAUUCGUUAAGAUCAGCAUGGCAAAUAUUGUCACACUACUGAGCGAGGAUGCUCCAUUCUUCUUUAAAUUCGCAACAGACUUUGCAAAUGAAAUGGAAACUUACUCUCAAGGAAGUCUUAUUCUCAAAUAUACUCCUGAAGACACGCCUGGUGCUCCAAAGUGUAACCUGACGAUUGUUGGAUGGCGAGGAAAGACAUCACUUCGGUCAUUUGUUCCGAGAUACGAGCGAUCACACUUCCUGCGGCUCUGUGGGAUUGAGGCCAAUGAAAAAGACCUACGGGCCGAAGCUGAAAAGGGCAGCUCGUCUGCCAAAGCUGAAACUACUGCCACGGAUAGUCAGGAGGAGGUGCCAGAAUUAGAUGUCACUGAAUUAAUACCCCCUCCGGUAUUGGAAGACGUCAGUGACUGAGUUGAGGAAGCUUUACCAUUUGGCUCAUACCUAAUCACAGUGACACUUGUCUCGUCUGCUGGGGACCAUGUUUAUUUGUUUCAAAGAUCACGCGGUCUUCUUUGUGACUAUCCAAUGUCAGACAGAUAUCAAAUCACCUCUUUUUCAAGGCAUUUUGAGGGAUUUGUUCCCUGGCGCACAGCUAGUUUCCAAACAAUGUUAUCAGCAGUAUCUUUGAAAUGGAGUGUUUAUCACAAGGUUUAGAAUUGUAAAGGGUUAAAACAUUUACCAGAAUUGGUUGUAGUAUUAAGAUCAUGUAUCAACAAGUUGUUCGAAAUAAAUAUUUUCAAGAUAUGUA